ACCGUAGUAUAGCUAACGGUUUCGUUUCACCGAUGUCCGCAGAACUGUUCGCCAAAUACACAUGUACCAACUGCCAGGAAGAUAUUUCGGGGAUCCGCGUGCACUGUGUGGUGUGCACGGACUUCGAACUGUGCCUAGCGUGUUUUGCUGCAGGAGCCGAGAUCGGACCGCACCGAAAUGAUCACUCGUACCAGUUUAUGGAUUCGGGAAUUUUGUCCAUUUUCCGCGGCAAGAGUGGUUGGUCGGCCCGGGAAGAAUUGCACCUGCUGGAUGCGAUUGAGCAGUACGGCUUUGGCAACUGGGAAGAUAUUAGCAAGCACAUCGAAACCCGCACGCCCGAAGAGGCUAAGGAUGAGUAUGUGACAAAGUUCCUGAACGGAACGAUCGGUCGGCAUACAUGGCAGACGGCGGUCGACCAGCGUCCGAUACUGACCGAUCACACAUCGGACGAUACGGGACCGCUGAGCCAGCUGCUGAUACAGAAGCUACCGCCAAUGGACUGUACGGCCGAAGAAGCGGCCGCACUCGGAUACAUGCCAAAUCGGGACGAUUUCGAGCGGGAGUACGAUCCAACGGCGGAACAGCUCGUGUCUACUCUGUCGUUGCAGCCGGACGAUGAAGAUGUGGAUAUGUUGCUAAAGUUGGCCCAGGUCGAUAUUUACACCCGCCGGUUACGGGAACGUGCCAGAAGGAAACGGGUGGUGCGAGAUUAUCAGCUGAUAGCCAACUUCUUCCGGGGCAAUAUGAAACGGGCACGCCAGACCCGAGAUCAGCGUGAAUUUCGCGAAAGAUUACGCACUUACUCGCAAUUCUACACAUCGUUAGAAUUUGAGCGAUUGAUAUCGUCACUCGAACGGGAACGGGCACUUCGGAUCCGAUUGUCCGAGCUGAACCGUUACCGCUGGAAUGGGAUUCAACGCGUCGACGAAUGUGUGCACUUUGAGCAGCAUGUGGCUGCUGCCCAGUAUCGCAGUACGGGACCAUACGGACACGGACGAACGGACAACCGAAGCAGAGGCGUCUCUGGCGAGAUCGGCAAAGGGGCAUCCUCGGUAUCGGCCAGCGGAACGGGCCAAACGGGGGCGGGGGGCCAGGCGAUUGUGACCCAAGGGGUACCAGCGACGGUGGGAUCGGCAAGAAGAGGCGAAAGCGACGUCCGAAGCUCAAGUUCCACCGACCGAAAGCCCACGCUCCUCACCGACGACCGGGUCUGCUCCGACGACUCAUACAGCAGCAAAAAUUGCUUGGAUAGCUCACAGCGGGAGGGGGUGACGAGCUCGUCGGCCGCUUCGCAGCAGGCAACGAGCGGUCAGAAGCUUCACCCCCACCACCACCAUCAUCAGGCGAGCGGGGGAGGCGGCGGCGGGGCAGGAAGCCUGGCAGCCGAUCCGGCACAGCAGCCCGGCGGACAGCUGCUAACGUCCAAUGAAAUACAGCUGUGCAGUUCGCUCAACAUGCCCGUCACGAGAUAUCUUACGCUGAAAACGGUUCUGCUUAGCCGGCCGGCGUUGGACCACAAUAUUAACUCGGUGGCGGAAAGCAUCGUUAAAAAGUAUCUUGUUAGCCGUGGUUGGCUGCAGACGAGUCCACAGAAUUAGA